GAUUAGCCGCGACUCGCUCAAACAAUUUGGCGGUUAGAAGGAAGUUGCUUGUGCUCUUAAUACAUGUAAACACUUUUCAGUGUGUUUCGUAAGCCUGUCGUAUUUAGACCAAACGUUAAAAUGAUUAUCGUGGUGUGAUCGGGCUAUUGUUGAUAGCUUGCGAACUGUUGAGUAAAUCUUAAGCGUCUGCUGCUCUACUAUGAGAGAUGUCUAAAUUACAGAAAACAAACGGUAAAUACUUGUGGUGGUGUCUCCUGUGCCUCGAGUUCAGACCGGACACAGUUAGCAAAAACAUGAAACAUCUCAAUCUAGGAAUGAACAUGUUUGAUAAACCAAACAAAGAGGCGUUCUACGUUGUCAUCCACUUUUUAUUUAAUAAACUGAAUCCCACACGUGCCCAAGAGGUUUUCAGACACUGCUGGCCAAUUUGGGAUCGCAAAGGUGAUGCUGAGUUUCGAAAGGUGGCUUUUUCAUGGCUCCAAGAGAUAGCGAGCGAAGAAGGUAAUGCUUUUCCUAAGGUGGCCACCUCACAUUUACUCUCUGCUUUUGGACCACGGUUUAUCAACUUGAUGCUCCACUUAUCUAAACAUGUCAUGCUGAAAACACUGAAGACGUUUACGACAGAUGACACUUGGGUCCCUGAAGCUGCUGCUGUUCCAGCGAGUUCAAAGGAGCUGGAGAUGAAAAGAUUUCACCUGGUGAAGAGACAAUUCCAGAGAGUGACUGUUGAGCAGGACGUUUUCAUUCAAGACUACCAGAAAAGAGCUAAAGGUUUGGAGACAUCUUUGAGGGACCUUGAUGCAGAAGAUGCCAAAUAUGAUCACUUGCUAAAAGAACAUGACUGUGAAACAGAUUUAAAAGAAGACAUUCAUGCAAAAAACCGAAAGGUGCGAGGCUUUUGGACUGAGACAGACAGAGUCUUAUCCCCCCUUGAAGUAGAUCGAAAAGUGGUGGAGAGUGUGAUACAUGGACAGGUAGACCAGUACAUCUUGGGUGCACAGGACUUGAGCGUGAAGAUACCUGCGCUUCUGCGUGAGAGGAUGGAGAGCUUAUCCCACCAGUCUAGUGUUGGUAGCUUAUAUAAAGGAGGGCAGCCUGUCCUUUUGUGUUUGCUGGCGCUUCUAAAUGAGGGAUUACACAUCCUAAGUGAGGAGAGAGAGAAUGAUAGGCCCCGUGUACAGCUCCAACACCAAGACCUCCAAGAGCAUGCCUUGCUCUUCAGCCGCUCAAAAGAAAACCUCAAGCUUAUAAGGCGGAAACUAAUCAAAGAGAAUGCAUCAGAGCUGAAGGUCUCCAUUAGGAGGCUGGAGGAGGACUGGGAGAACAAGUGGGCAGAAUGCUUGAAAAAAACACCUCUGAUCACUUCUCUUAAAGAGGAUCCUGUUCUUGACUUCGUCUCCCCAAUGGCUCCUCUCUCUUUUGAGCCAGCUUCUAAGGCUAGCUUUGAGGCUAGUAUCAUCUUACAAUAUCCAUAUAGACUAGAUGAACUGCCAUCACAAAGAAAACUGGAGAAAAUGGAGGCAGAAAUCCAUUUGGAACCAGAAGUCCACAUGGAGCCAGAAAUGAAAAUCAUUUCUGAGGAAGAUGACCAUAAAGGGGUCUUGCUGUUCUCUGACAGCUGCUUUUCUCCAAAACCAGUGACUUGUGAUGCACCACCAUGUGAAACUCCUUUGACCUACCCAAUUAAAAUGAAGUCUGUGACUCAGACACCCAGUCCAAUACAGGCUUCCUACAGGAGAAAUCUGCAUUCUAAGAUGAAGACCUCGGUCUUAAAGAACAAGGCUGAAAUUCUAGAUUUGGAGUGUGACAACUUGGCAAGUCAAUUUGCUGAGGCUGUGAUUUUGAGUCCAGUCAAUGGAAGGAGUGACGUGGACCUAGGACAGUUAUUAAAUGUCAUAUCAGAUCCCUUUUCAGCAAGGAAACAGCUGUGCCGCACCCCUGAGAGUCUGAUCAAAGAUGUGAGAAGUUCAUGGAGAAAAGCUGUGGAGGAAGGCAUGGCUGAGAAGAAACAAGCUACUUGGAAUCCACAAGACAGCCUCUCUUGGCUUAAGACGCCCAUGGCUGAGGUGACUGGCCCUUGCACCAGACCAAGUCCAGAACCGUCCCUAUUAUCUUCUGUUACUUUUGCCCAUUGCACUCCUCCUGUCCAGCAGGGGUCAUCCCUCAACUCAACUGUGCCAUGGGACUCCUCACAACUGGAGGCUCUUAACAGCCAAAGGUCAAGUGAUGUUAUUAACUUCAGCAUUGCUCAAGAAGAGCUCCCAUACCUCUUUGAGGAUGACUUGUCAUUUAAUAGUGAUUGCUCAGCAGAGGUGCGUAGUAACAAGGAGCGAGAGGAAGAACUUAUCCGGUCUCCUGUUGAAUCUGAUUCUCUUGAUGGAAAAACUGCUCAGGUGUGCAAUGAGGCCUCUUUAGAUAAAUCUCCUUUCUACGACUGUAAUAUUGAGAAGACCCCGGUACAUUCGAGGAAGAGCCCAGGCCAGUGGACUGAUGAGAGGCUUUUCUCUCUUGAUUUGGACAAGCUCGAGAGUUUUUCCCCUCCUCGUCCUGCAGGGAACCUCACCCUGCCCAGUUUAGUGAAUGUGACGCUAGAUGAAUACUAGCAUCUUCAUGUUCUUUUAUACAUGCUAAUGAUUCAAAAUGUCCGCCACGAAUUUUGACUUGCGGCUUGAUGCGCUUUUGAUCAGUCUAAUUAACGAAGUUAACAUUUUUAACAUUUGUCUUACGACUUCAGUAUGUACAAACUAAUUAAGGAUAAAUAUCGAACAAAAAUAUUGUUUGCGUUCAUGUUUUGUAAUAAAAUAUUUUAUUUGCAAGAA